GUCUUCCUCGUGUCACUCAGCUCCCCGCGACCGAACAGGAGACAAGGCUGUUUGGAUUGCAAUGGGUGUAUGAACUCCUCCGGAAGGGUCGUUUUACCCAGUGCAUUUGAAGACGCGGAUAUAGAUAAUCUUGCAUUGCUUAUAGCUGAUAUGCUUGAGCGGCUAAUGGCUCAUAAUGACCAGAUACCCUUGCUUGCUGAAAGCUUGACUCGCUUUCACUCGCGAGCGGUGCCUUCCAUCAACGUACUGGACUAUCUGAGGCGGAUAAUCAAAUUCACAAAGGUGGAGAAAACGUGCCUUUUACUCACACUGCACUAUGUCGAUCAGAUAUGUGCCAGGACGCCACUAUUCACCUUAUCUUCCCUAACAUGCCAUCGUUUCAUCAUUGCAUCUAUCACCGUAUGCAACAAAGGAUUAUGUGACACAUUCUGUACAAACAGCUUCUACGCCCGCGUCGGCGGUAUCCCUGUCUCCGAGCUUAACGAUCUGGAGCGCGAGUUUCUCAGAAUGAUCGACUGGAGAUUAACGUGCACCCGCGAAGUUCUCCAGGAAUACUACAUCAACCUCGUCCGUACAGAUUCCACUGGACGAUUUUCUAUCCUCGGCAUCGACAUGGAAAGCACAGCGACGUCGCGGUCGCCCUCGCCUCCUGCAAUGUCCCCCGCUCCCGUUCCGAUGUCUCACCAACACCGGUCUAUCCGACGCGAAGCCUCUACGAUUCUCAUUGAUACCGCCACUUUGACGCCUCAGGUACCCCAAGGGCCUACUGUUGAGCAAAACAUGGCAUUUGCAGAUCUGCAAAAGUCGUGGGGAGGGAUGGAGAGUGAAUCAGCACCUGGAUAG